CACAUUUUCAAGGCACAUACACACUCAACGUUAUCAAGGCACACUUUUACAAACAUAUACACACUCACAUACACACACAUUCAUUCAACAGACCUGCCCCCAGAGCCAAAGCCAUGGCUGCUGCUUGAUCACAACACCACCACCACCACCAUCCUUUCCUGGAUAUCCAACACUAGCAAGCACCUCUCUCUCUCUCUCUCGCUCUUAUCUGUGGCUUUAGACUGACUAUGACUAUGGCGUCCAGGCUGCACACUCCCUGUCUCUCCCACAUUCUCUUGCUACAGCUAUUGUUGCUAUGUUGUCUCUUUGCGCUUCCUUCCUAUGCCGACAUUAGCAGUGGCACCUCUGACGGUGCUGAGGAGUGGGGCUACACUGACGUGCGCCCUGGGGCCCACAUGUUUUGGUGGUUGUAUUACAACGAAAAGGACUCUACACCCAGCAAUUUGCCCCUUGUCUUGUGGCUGCAGGGUGGUCCUGGUGCAUCUGGGGCUGGAUAUGGAAACUUCCACGAAGUGGGACCCCUAACAGUUGAUUUGAAGCCUCGGAGCAGUACAUGGUUGAAUGUGGCCCACUUGCUCUUCGUGGACAACCCUGUGGGUACAGGUUUUAGUUAUGUGGUGAAUGCGACCCUUCUUACAAGGAACAACAAACAGGCCACAACAGACUUGGUGACCUUCUUGGGAAAGUUUUUUGAUUCUCACAAAGCGCUUCACAAAUCGCCAUUCUUUGUUGUUGCUGAGUCUUAUGGAGGCAAGUUUGCUUCUGAGUUGGGCGUUGCACUGAAGGAGAAAAUCGAUGCAGGUUCUCUAAGCAUCAACUUUAGAGGUGUUGCGCUUGGAGAUACCUGGAUUUCACCCAUUGACUUCUUAUAUGCGUGGCCUCCGCUCUUGCAAUCUUUCUCGCUGGUUGAUGAAGCAGCAGCCCGCAAUCUUCUCAGUUAUGCAGAUUCAGCGGAAUCCGAAAUGAAAGUUGGGAAUUUCUUAAAUGCGACCUAUAUCUGGGGUGACAUGGAGGAGGCUGUUUUGAGAGUUACAGACAAUGUGGAUUUUUACAACAUGUUGAAGCAUGAUAAUAGCGAGUCUUUAUCCUUAAAUGCACAAGGGCUAUCCAGACUGGCUGCUCGACGUCUCGCAGUCACCCAAUCUGCAGACUUAGCACAAGUUAUGAAUGGGCCUAUCCGGGAGAAACUGGGGAUUAUUCCGAGCAACAUUAGCUGGUCAGAAUCUUCAGGUGUGGUGUUUAAUGCACUUGGUGAAGACUUCAUGAAAGACACUAUAAAUGAGGUUGAUGAAUUAUUAGCUGCAGGAGUGAAUGUGACCAUAUAUAGUGGACAACUGGACCUGAUUUGCUGUACCACGGGAACAGAGGCUUGGGUUCAGAAGUUGAAAUGGUCAGGUCUUUCCGAAUUUCUAUCUGCUAAGCGAACUCCUCUGUACUGUGAGGGCGAUCGUCAGACGCAAGCAUUUGUGAAAAGACACAAAAAUUUGAGCUUCUAUUGGAUUAUGAAUGCAGGCCAUAUGGUACCUACUGAUAAUCCAUGCAUGGCGCUAAAGAUGCUGCAGCUUGUUACUGGACAAUCAAGCCCUGGUUUAAGGCUUCAGGCAACUUUCUAAACGAUGUGCUGUAAGAAAGCUCUCACUCUAUGGUGCCACAUGAUUGUUUACACUACCUUCCCUCUUCCUAGCCAAUCCAGGUACAGAUCGAAUGGCUGUGAGGGAGACACUUCAGACUGGGUGUGUAGAUUCGAUGUUAAACAAGAAUUUCUGUACCACUUCAUUGACGCUAUGCCGUUGUGGUCAUUUGCCUGAUCUACAUCGAAGCUCCUCAUAUAGUUUGAGAUUGUAGCAGAUUUUGUGCAGUGACUCUUUGUUGAACUUGCUAGAUAGUGACGUCAAGCGCCCUCCACCUUGCAAGUUUGAAAAGGGGAGUGUUGUAGGAUAUGACUUUGAUUAGACUUUCUCUUGGAUUUUCUUCAUACUGACUCACUGUUGGCAGCAAUAAAUACCUCUUUACAUCAAGAGGUUGAAGUUACUGCAUUGUGUGCCAUUAUGGGUAUUGUUGACCUUUGCUAUAGCAUGUUGAAGGUUGAAUGCAUUGGUAGCAAAGUUCAGACUAUAAUACAGAAAGGAAUCCAUGAGGAUGAAGAAUGGAGAAGGUAUAUAUAGUGAGAGCUCAAGCAGCAUGAGUCCACAAUGGUGUUUCUAUUCCUACUCCAAAUAAGUUGGACCUCAGUCUGACCAUGUUAUGUGGAUCUUAUGUUUUUCUUUCAGAUUUGUUAUAAUAUAUUGGUGCACAUUGGUACA